GCCAUCUUGGAUGUGCGGGCUGAUUGUUUAGCGACAACUAUUGACAGUUUGGGGGCAAAUUGGCUUUUUAAAACUUCAUUCCCAAACAUUGACCAAUGUGGGGACACCGAGGAAGGAAAUCGUAACACGGACGCAUCCAGUGAAGGAAGAUAUGAAGACAUCAUCGUAAUCGUCAGUCAUGGCCGAUAAAAGGAAACUACAAGGUGAAAUAGAUCGAUGUCUGAAGAAAGUAGCGGAAGGAGUGGAGCAGUUUGAAGACAUCUGGCAAAAACUUCACAAUGCAGCCAACGCCAACCAGAAGGAGAAGUAUGAAGCCGACCUUAAGAAAGAAAUCAAGAAGCUGCAGCGCCUUCGGGACCAGAUCAAGACGUGGGUGGCGUCCAAUGAGAUCAAAGACAAGCGGCAGCUGGUGGAGAACCGCAAACUCAUAGAAACGCAAAUGGAGCGUUUCAAGAUCGUGGAGCGAGAGACCAAGACGAAAGCGUACUCCAAAGAGGGUCUGGGUCUGGCCCAGAAAGUGGACCCGGCUCAGAAGGAGAAGGAGGAGGUCGGCAUGUGGUUGACGAACACGAUAGACACGCUCAACAUGCAGGUGGACCAGUUUGAGAGCGAGGUGGAGUCUCUGUCGGUCCAGACCAGGAAAAAGAAAGGAGACAAGGAGAAGCAGGACCGCAUCGAGGAGUUGAAGAAGUUCAUCGAGAAGCACCGCUUUCACAUCCGGAUGCUGGAGACCAUCCUGAGGAUGUUGGACAACGACUCGGUGCAGGUGGACUCCAUCAGGAAGAUCAAGGAUGACGUGGAGUACUACCUGGACUCAUCGCAGGAUCCGGACUUUGAGGAGAACGAGUUUCUGUACGACGACCUCGAUCUGGAGGACAUUCCUGCGUCGCUGGUGGCCACCUCCCCGCCAGGACAGUCUCACUUGGAGGACGAGAUCUUCCAACACUCCAGCAGCACGCCCACGUCCACCACCUCAUCCUCGCCCAUCCCUCCCUCGCCCGCCAACUGCACUACGGAGAACUCUGAAGACGACAAGAAGCGAGGUCGCUCAACUGACAGUGAAGUCAGUCAGUCUCCUGUGAAGAAUGGCAACCCCUCCUCCUCCUCGUUAUCCUCGUCGUCAUCCUCCUCGUCUUCCUCCUCUUGUUCGUCUUCGGCGCCGACUUCUUCCUCCUUGGUCUCCAUGGCGACCAUAGCUAGCGGCGGCCUCGCCAACCUGUCGGCCGGCAGCUACAGCAACGCCACCCAGCAGCCGCCCUCCCAGGCGCAGCAUCAUAAGCAGGCCAAAGCCUCCAUUAGCUUCUCGACCUCCGGGGCGUCCGCCGCGCAUCCUGCCAACAGCCACCCCGCACCCGCCCCCGCCGCCUCGUCGCCCCCCAGCAGCAAUGCUCUGGGCUUUUUCGCGUCCAGCUCGCAGUCGCCCGCGCCCUCCCGGCCCUCGCCCGCCUGCGGCAGCCUGGGCCGGGGUCUGUCGCUAGGGAAUAACGCCACCUCUGCUAGCAGCAUGUCGGCCGGACUCGGCCUUUCGGGGAUGCCGGCGUCCCUGAGCACCACGACGGGCCUUCUGUCCAGCUCCACCCCGGCGCCGUACGCCCAGGCCGCCGGCUCGGGCCCGGCGGGCUCCGGCCGGCCGGGCUCCCAGGGGUCGUCGGUUGCGGUCGGCGGGCCCACGUCCUCCGCAGGCGGUCUGCUGGGUUCGGUGUCGGGCCCUGGGAUUUUGGGUCUGACGUCCGGCCCGUCGGGACUGCAGGGGUCCUCCGUGGUGGCGCAGAGUCAAGUGGGAGUCAUCGGAGUCAUCGGGAGCAACGACGGCGGCGGCGGCGGCUCGGGAUCCGCCAGGGGCGCCGGGCUCUCCGCGGGCCCGCCCGGCCGACAGAAGCAAAACGGACCCAGCAGCGAGUGUCUGAUGUUCGACAACGUUGGCGAACUCCUGCAAGGUUACAGCGCUGCGCUAGCAGACAGUGCCAGAGACUCCUCCCCCAACAGUGCCAGCCAAUCACAAAGCUGCCAAUCUUUGUCAUUGACCUCAACAGCCAAACAGCUUAAGGACUCUGCUCCCACCUUACUGGCCUCCGUCACGUCGUCGUCGGGCUCGCUGUCGGCGUCGUCCUACGGCGAGGUCAAGAUGGUGAACAGCGGCGGCGUGCUGUUCAACGGGCCGCCGUCGUACGCCACGCCCUCGGACGGCACCAAGGAGCCCCUGAGUAGCCUGAACUCCGCGGCCGAGCGAGCGGCACUCGGCUCAGCCGUGGACGGAGACGUGACCUCUCUGCACCUCAACACGGAGCUGUUCCCCAGCACGCCGCCCUCGUCGUCGGGCGCCCCGUCGUCUUCGCAGUCGUGUUUGUCGGAGGUGAGCAUCCCGCCCUCGCUGGGCGUUUGCCCCCUGGGGUCCUUGCCGCUGUCCAAGGAGCAGCUGUACCAGCGGGCCUUGGAGGAGGCCGUGUGGAGCCACAUGCCGCACCCGUCCGACUCCGAGAGGAUCAGGCAGUACCUGAUGAGGAACCCGUGCCCCACGCUGCCGUUCCACCACCAGGUGCCGCCGCCCCACUCGGACACGGUGGAGUUCUACCAGCGGCUCUCCACGGAGACGCUCUUUUUUAUCUUCUACUACCUGGAGGGCACCAAGGCUCAGUACCUGGCGGCCAAAGCGCUGAAGAAGCAGUCGUGGAGGUUCCACACCAAAUACAUGAUGUGGUUCCAGAGGCACGAGGAGCCCAAAACCAUCACGGACGAGUUUGAGCAGGGAACGUACAUUUAUUUUGACUACGAGAAGUGGGGCCAGCGCAAGAAGGAGGGUUUCACCUUCGAGUACCGCUACUUGGAGGACCGCGACCUCCAGUGACCUCAUCCUCACAUUCCAAACCUCAGUGGCUUCGGGCUGAGGCGGGGUGCUUCAGUUCCUUUUUUUUUUUUUUUUUUUUUUUUAUUAUUAUUAUUUUUUUUUUCCCCCCCCACCUCAUUUUCUGCCGUCAGGGAUUUCUUUCUUUUUUUUUUCGGCAUAAAAUCAUCUUCUGCUCUUGUCUCGGACCACCAAAGAUGAUUGUCUAGCUCCCAUGCUCGGCCCCUCCCCCACCUUGACAUCACUUCCUGUUCAGGUAGGGCUCCAUCAAGGGCUGAAACGGGCCUCCGGCUGAAAAUUGACUUUUUUUUUUUUUUCUCAGAAAGCUUUUUGAGCAUUUAUUCCUUAUCCUCAAUAUCCAACUUAAGGUCCAUGUACUAGUGCACACUUUGUCCUCACUUUAAGACGAUUCAUCGCACUAGUAGAACGACCGCGUCUUACUACUAACAUUUUUCCUACAACUGCCUUCCACUCCUCUGUGAUGUUUUUGCACACUAGUAGCACACCUUUGGCAUACUAGUAGGGCAACUACAUGUUACGAGUGAGACAAAACUGCACUUGUUGACAACUGUGCGCUUCAAGUAAUAGUAGUGGCAUACUAGUUGAUUUUUAUGUCACUAAUAGUACUAGUAGCAUGGAGUUAAACUAGUCCAUAGUUUUGUCUUACUAGUAAUGUAUGGCAUAGUUGUCCUAUUAGUGAAGACAAAGCGUGUAUUAGUACAUGGUCCUUGUGCUGGUUAUCAAGAAAAUGCAAUAAAUGCACGAACGACUUUCCAUCCUUUUGCGUGUCCGUGACGUUGAAGGUGCAAACAAAGACAAAGUGACAAAGUUUGGAGGCUCCGGGAAGGUGCCAGGUGCCGACCGCCGCCAUCCUGUCCGCAGUUUCCUUCUCGUCUCAGGAAGUGUUUGAUGGUUCAAAUGAGGGAACAAGCGCCAGCAGUGUUUUUUUUUUUUUGUUUUUUUUUUUAUAUUCCUUUAUUUUUUGUUCCUGGUCACUUCACUUUUUCAAACCACCGCAACUUAUCCUCCAACGUUUGGAGCUGCCUGGACCAGCGACCAUCUUGAGAUUGUUCUAUUUUCUUUAGAGUCUCUAUUUUUUUGUGAGGUGGGAGUUUUAAACCUCAAGAGGGACCUGAAGGACAAAGUUUUUAUUUUGAAGGACCAGUCGGAAGACGACUUUUAAACUCGUUCUUGAGCUUUUUUUUUUUUUUUUUUUUAAAUGUAUUUUAUUUUUUUUGUGGUCCGUGCAAAAAAAAUAAAAAAUACGAAAUGAAGGCUCAGAAUGGCCUCUCGUUGUCGAGACAGCGCUGAAGAGUAAAUAGUAAAUGACAUAAUCACCAUAAA